CGCUUUAUUAACAAAUUUAAUUGGACCAACCAAACCAAAAUCGCUUAUUUUUACAACGAAUUCCGAAAUAACGUAAAAACCGAAAUUUCCAAAGUUAAUAAAUUUAAUUAUUUUAUUAAAUACGUUAUUAUAGCAAUUCAAACUAGCAAUUACUUAUACGAAUAA